CCCGGCCCGGGACAGGAGCGGACAGGGCGGGGCGGGAGGGCUGAGGGAGGGAGGGGGCCGCCGCCGUUGCCGCCGCCGCCGCCGUUGGAACCGACCGGGCCGCGCCCCGCCAUGUUCAACGUGGAGAGCCUGGAGCGGGCGGAGCUGGGCGAGAGCCUCCUCACCUGGAUCCAGACAUUUAAUGUCGAGGCACCAUGCCAGACUGUGGAAGAUUUAACGAGUGGGGUUGUGAUGGCCCAGGUUCUUCAAAAAAUAGAUCCAGCUUACUUUGAUGAAAACUGGCUAAACAGGAUCAAAACAGAAGUAGGAGAUAAUUGGAGGCUAAAGGUAAGCAACCUGAAGAAAAUUUUAAAAGGGAUACUGGAUUACAACCAUGAGAUUUUGGGGCAACAGAUUAAUGACUUCACGCUUCCUGAUGUUAACCUGAUUGGAGAGCAUGCUGAUGCUGCAGAACUUGGAAGAAUGCUUCAGCUUAUUUUGGGAUGUGCUGUCAAUUGUGAACAGAAGCAAGAGUACAUCCAGACCAUAAUGAUGAUGGAAGAAUCGGUUCAACAUGUUGUCAUGACAGCCAUUCAGGAGUUGAUGAGUAAAGAGUCUCCCGUCUCUGUUGGAAAUGAUGCUUACGUUGACCUUGAUCGGCAGCUGAAGAAAACUACGGAAGAGUUAAAUGAAGCACUGGCAACAAAAGAAGAAAUUGCCCAAAGAUGUCACGAGUUAGAUAUGCAGGUUGCAGCCCUUCAGGAGGAGAAGAGCAGCUUACUUGCCGAGAACCAGAUUUUGAUGGAACGUUUGAAUCAAUCUGAUUCUAUUGAAGAUCCAAACAGCCCUGCAGGUCGUAGGCACUUGCAGCUGCAGACACAGCUAGAACAACUCCAAGAGGAAACAUUCAGAUUAGAAGCUGCCAAAGAUGACUACAGAAUACGCUGUGAAGAACUGGAAAAGGAGAUUGCUGAAUUGAGACAACAGACAGAAGAGCUUACUACAUUAGCAGAAGAGGCUCAGUCUCUGAAGGAUGAGAUAGAUGUACUCAGGCAUUCUUCUGAUAAAGUAGCCAAGUUAGAAAGCCAGGUGGAAUCAUACAAAAAGAAAUUAGAAGACUUGGGUGAUUUGCGGCGGCAAGUGAAACUCUUAGAAGAGAAGAAUACGAUGUACAUGCAAAAUACUGUGAGCCUGGAAGAAGAACUAAGGAAGGCCAAUGCAGCACGCAGUCAGUUGGAGACGUACAAGAGACAGGCAGUUGAACUACAAAACAGGUUAUCUGAAGAAUCCAAGAAAGCUGAUAAAUUAGAUUAUGAAUGCAAACGGCUGAAAGAAAAAGUAGACAGCCUCCAAAAAGAAAAAGAUAGAUUAAGAACAGAAAGAGAUUCUUUGAAAGAAACUAUUGAAGAGCUCAGGUGUGUACAAGCACAGGAGGGUCAGCUCACCACUACAGGAUUGAUGCCGCUAGGAACACAAGAACCUUCAGACAGUUUAGCAGCAGAAAUUGUUACUCCUGAAAUAAAGGAGAAACUCAUUCGCCUUCAGCAUGAGAACAAGAUUUUAAAAUUGAACCAAGAAGGUUCUGACAAUGAAAAGAUUGCCUUGUUGCAGAGCCUUCUUGAUGAUGCAAACUUAAGGAAGAAUGAAUUGGAGACAGAGAACAGAUUGGUAAAUCAGAGACUCCUAGAAGUGCAAUCCCAGGUUGAAGAACUACAAAAAUCUUUGCAGGAUCAAGGUUCAAAAGCUGAAGAUGCUAUUUCAAUUCUUCUGAAAAAGAAACUUGAAGAACAUCUUGAGAAACUCCAUGAAGCUAAUAACGAGUUACAGAAGAAACGAGCUAUUAUUGAGGAUUUGGAACCAAGAUGCAAUAACAGUUCACUCAAAAUUGAAGAGUUACAAGAAGCCUUACGGAAAAAAGAGGAGGAAAUGAAGCAAAUGGAAGAGCGUUACAAAAAGUAUUUGGAAAAGGCCAAAAGCGUCAUCCGCACCUUAGACCCUAAGCAAAACCAGGGUGCAGCUCCUGAGAUUCAGGCUCUGAAAAAUCAGUUGCAAGAACGGGAUAGAAUGUUUCAUUCAUUGGAGAAAGAAUACGAAAAAACAAAAAGUCAAAGAGAAAUGGAGGAGAAAUUUAUUGUUAGUGCCUGGUAUAAUAUGGGAAUGACCCUGCAUAAAAAAGCAGCGGAAGACAGACUAGCUAGCACAGGCUCAGGACAGUCCUUCCUGGCCAGACAAAGGCAAGCCACGAGCACAAGGAGAUCGUACCCUGGUCAUGUCCAGCCAGCAACUGCAAGGUUCUUUUAGGCCUAAAAUCUAAAGGAAAUGCCAUGAAGAAAGAAAGAAUAGAUGCAGGAAAGAAAACAAACGUUAGCAGUAGAAGCCAUUAAGUAAUUUUAGAAACUCUGCAGGAAGAGAAAUCUGGAGACAGUUAACUUAAAGGAGAAACUUGGCAGAAAUAUUUGGUAUGAGUGUAGUGUUAGACUUUAAAGUAAGGAUAGUACUAAGUAAGUACUACCCAUACUUUCAGGUAAGUACUAUCCUUAUUUGCAAGUAAAGAUGCAUUGCCCUGAUGACUUUGGUGGUUCUGUUACAAAAUACUAGUUAUAGACAGUGGAUAGCUACAGAAAGCCUUGUCUUUAUUAGGACUGAACAUACACUGAAUAUAAAAGUAGUUCCUUAGAAAGAACAUGGGGUCGGGUCGGGUUGUUUGGUGUUUUUUUUUUUUUGCAUCAGGUUUGGCUUGUGUGAGCACUGUUCUGAAGUAAGUGUGUUGAUAGGUGCCUCCAGAGCUGGCCAGGUGAGUGAGAAGGAGAGGUUCCCAUCCCUUCUGAGGCUGUGACGUGCAGGAGUCGUCUGUCAUGUCUGCGUGUGGGAAAAACACAGGAUGACAGAGAGAAGUUAAGGAGGUUUUAAGUCACUAAUUAACCACUUACAAUGAAGUGGAGCUAAUGAGAUCUGGUGCUGAAUAUUGAAGGGAGAUGUCUCACCAAGAAAUAAUCCCGCAGGCUGACAGCAAGCCAUCAGUUACAUAUAGCUGAAAUAUUUUAUACUGGUAAGAAAAGGAGAAGUCACUCCUCUACAGGCAGGUCAUGCUGAAUAAACUGUCUCAUUCUGAAGGUGCCACAGGAAUAAUGACAGGUUAUGCUGAGUGAAUUUACGCUCACAUUUCUGUCAUCUUCUGGAGAGCUGCUGCAACAGGUAGCUUCUGAAAGUAUUGAUUCAUUUUGAGAAGUUCCCCAAGAGAAGGAAAUUAACAGACAGUUAUUUUAGAACAAGAUAAGAAUUUCAGGUUUGAAAAGGGCACUCUCAGAUGAACCGAGGUAUUUGUACGUCCUCAAAAGAGAAGAGAAUACACUGUCCAGAAUUUACAAGUCCUCUUUAAAAGUACUAAUGUCCCGAAGAGAAACCUGUAAUGUCACUUCUGUUUAUGUGCAUCAGGUCACUCAGAGCAUUACAAAACAGUAAGUCUGAACUGUGUAAUAGCCAGGUGAGAUUAAAGGAGUAGCCUGUAUUCAUUUAUGCAUAAUAGAAUAGGUAAAUUCUUAUGUAGCUUGAACUUUUAUUUUUUAUUGACUAACUACAGUAAUCUUCAUAUAAUUAAUCCUGAACUCUGUAACUUUCUGCAUCCAGGCAGUGCAAAGCAAGCAUAACAGCACAUCUCAAACAGACAGUAAUUACUCCACAUACACUCCCAAGGUCUGCUUUGAAUGUGUUCUUUUUAAGCAUUUUCUGUUUUUAUUCCAUUUGAUUUAUGUAUGUAUCUUUCUGUUUGUUUUUCAACUGUUAGUUGAUCAGUAUUCUGAAAAGGAAAAAAGAGGGACAUACAAGCUGCAGGACUUGCAGCAGAAAGACCUUUUUUCGCUCUAAGACCUUGAGUUUAGUUAUGAGUAUUUUUCCUUGGGUAUGUAACCUGGGUUUUCCUGUCACAGGAACUGUUCUUAGAACUGUGCUUGACUAGUGCAAUACUAGGGAGUUGGAAAUGAGGAGAGAAACAGUUUGCACAGUGUGAUUUCAGUUGGGUGAAGCUACUUUACUCUUUGCGUCAUCACAGUGAGGGCAAGUGAAAGUGAGAAUGAGCAGUUAGUGCUCUGCCGUGCUGUGUAAGGAUAUUUGUGCUGCUUGGCGAACCUGAAAGCACCGUAGCUGUGUUAGUAAAGCAUUCCACCUGUCAGUCCACUGGCCACAAGGGAGAGUGUAUCAGCAAGGAUGGAGCAGUAUGCAGCCUAUCCAGUUGUCCUCCAGACUUAGAUUCACUUACGCAGUAUUGUGAUGUGGUCUUAGGGCUCCUACUUGGUGUGUUUUAACAAGAAUAUGUGUAAUUUCCUUGUGAUUAAAACCUGCAUGCAACGAAUGAGUAGCGCUUGCCAGUGUAGUAUGACAGUGAUGUCGUUUUAGUGUCAUGCACAGAUUGAUCUUUGAUGAAAUAUAAAUGCUUGAAGUUUAUUUGCGGUGCUCAGAGCUUGAAGUCUCAGGCAGUGUCGUUUUGACCCUGAUGAUUGUCUUUUAGUUUAUAACCAUGCACAGUAUUGGACAGGCACCUUUGACUUUAUAUUGAGUUUGAUUUUUAUUUUUUUUCCACUGGUUGUCCUCACAGACAGCAGGAAUGCCAGAGAUUUUCAUAGCUGUGUAAACUUAGUUUCCAUAGCUAUGUUAGCAGAGAAUGGUGGCCUGCAGGACUUCACUCAGAAGUGUUUAAAUUUGUCCGAACUGUGUCUAAAUUUUGAUAUUGUUUGAAGCUAUUUUGUUGCUGUUCCCAAUUUUCGGCAUACAAUCUUCCUGUUAGUUUGAAGAGCUGCUCUGGCAAAGAUGUUUUUCCCAUGAAUUUGCACAACUCUAAGUAGAAACGGCCUUACUGAACUGCUUUGAAAAUACUUGUUCUGUUCUCUGUUUUUUAAAUGGUGAUGUUAUCUGCUUUUUAACUUUCUCUUUAUUCUUUUAUUUGCAGUGAUGUGGUUGCAUGACCUGCAGCAUUGUUAUAACAGGGACUGUUCAGUGCAUGACUUGCUUUUCUGUCCAGACUGCAUAACCAAAACUUAACCAGUUCUACACUUAAGACUCAUGGGCAUCUGAUUUCAAAGGGAGAUCUACUUGCAGAGAAGCCUACCAUCUUGGGAAGUGGCUUUCCCACUUCCUGCUUCCAUUUACUAUUUCUCUUCACAAUAAGUCUCCUAUGAGGCUAAAAGAGAGGAAAUCCAGUAUUCAGAGCUCUACAGGAGGCGUUCUGCAAACUGACAGAGCACUGUCAGCUCUCCAUUUUACUUCUGUCUGUCCACUCCAUUUAAUUCUGAUUAACAGCAUUAACACACAGACCUCCUGCAACAUUUUCAUAUACUGAACUAUAAAAAACCUAGUCUUAAUGAGUUCCUAAAAAUGCCUUUUGGUUACUGUUAAAGUUUUAAAGCACCUGCACCCUUAAAGGAUAUACUUUGAAUCUUUAAAUAAUUAAAAGUAAAGCCAAGGAGGUGUUUUACCAGGAGAAAUGACUCAUGAAUUGCUGCUUGGCCAGCCCAUCUUCCUUAGAAAACCAGGCAAGGUUCAUCAGAUAAUCUCUGAGACAGGCAAACUACUGUGCAGUCCUUUGCUCACAGACACUGCCUGCUUCCUUACUAUGUAUAUAUGCAGUAGUUUGUGGCUGUUGUAUUUUUCUCUCUACGUUUUAGCUGUGUUGUCUGUUUCUUUCAGAAACAUUUUUUUUCCAAUCUGUGUACAAUUGUUAAACAAUCUGAGGAAAGAACGUGAAUGGAGAUAAGUAUGAAAGCUGUCUACACCUUCAGUAUUAUGCAGAUUGUCCUUGCCAGUUUAUAAUUUGGGUUGUUUAUAUUUUACCUGUACUAUUUCUUUUCUCAUUAUUGCAGUCUUAGCUAUUUCAUUUCCAAUUGCACUAGCUUGGCUGUUUCUUUGUAUUAUGAAGUUUAGCUAUAAGAUUUGCAAUAUUUAGACAGUAUAACUCGAAAUGCUUUGUGCUGCCUAUAUUAAUUUAAAGAGCUGCUUAUUUAAUAUUCUUAAAAAUCUGCACAUUUGUACUACUGUAUCUUUGUUUUGUAUUGGACAUCCAGUACUGGCAAGAUCCAGAAGGCAAGGGGGUACUGUCGUGGUCUAAGUUAAGACGUUCGUUGUACAGGGGUUGGUAUGUGAGAGGUGGGAAAAGAGGGCUGCCCAGCCACAGGCCGCGCCGCAAACACCCAACGGAACCUGGAAGCAGAGUACCCCGAGCCGCGCGGUUUAAGCCCAGUUCUAGGGAAACCCCGUUCUCGCUCGCCUGGAUCCUAAUCCUGCAAAAACAGCUGCACGCACGCUCUCCAGGAGCAGCACUCGUCUCGGGGCAGCGGCGCUGGGGAGCGGCACCCCUGGGCCCCGCAGCACUUGGGCACAGGGCGCCCAGUCCUGCUGCUUGCAGCUGUGGGCGCGGCCAUGUCCGUGUGUCUGCGCGUGCCUGGGGCCCUCGGGGUGCAUGGUGCCCUCGGUGCCCCUACCUCAGCGCGUUGUGCCAAACCGAGCUGCUCGGAGAGAGGCAGAGCGAGACCCACCGCUCUGUGCAGCGGGUGGGUGCCCCCGCACGAGGGGACGGGACGGCGGGUUCCCGGGGCUGGGCUACCCGUGCCGGCGGUGCUGCUCUGCCUGACAGCGCCUGGCGGGUGAGGACGUGUCCUCCUGGCCCGGCAGCGCCUGUGGCAGCGCAGCCCGAGGUGGGCUGCAGGAGGGGUCCGGGCAGCGGCGCUCCUGUCGGGCCGAGUCCAGCAGAGCUGAGAGGUUUGCGUCUUUCCAGGUCCCAGCCAUCAAUCCCUUUUGUUCUGUGUCAGGGCAAGCUUUAUUAGAAAAACCCCUUACUUUCCGUUGUGUGUCCCAGGCAUAGUUCGUCUCCCAUUUGCUAGUGCCGCUUCUGUCGGGAGCGCGCCCUUCUCCAGGCCACGCUGGGUGCGGGACCGCCGAGGGCAGCGGUUCCGCGCGGGGUGUGAGGGGAUAGCUGCUUUUGUCACACCUGCCUGCAAGGGUGCCCCGAGCCGAAGCUUUGCUGUACCUCAUUUAUCCAAGUGGUUUGUGCAGUUUAGAAACUAUGUAUCGGUUGUUCUUGAGCCUAAGACAUUUAUAUGUAACUGUGUUUAGCUUGACAAAACUUGAGUUCACUAAUGCAACAGAGAAACUUAAGGUAGCUUUCAGCAAACGAGCUGGCUACUUUAAUUAGAUUAGCGUAGCAUCUCUGUCACGAGGUGCUUGCGAGCUCACAAUGCAGAGGUGAUCUCCAGCAUGUCUCUGAUAUACUAACUUCAUUUAUGCUGCAUAGAAAACUCUUUUACUUUCUUAAUAGCAGCUUGUUUGACAGUCCAAAAUUAAGUGUUGACCAAUUAUCAAAGUAACUGUUUGUGAAAUUGACAGUGAUAUAUUUUCUGUAAGAGAAUGGAUUCCUAGAGUGUCAAAACAUUAAUUUCCCAUUUCGGUUCAUCUAUGAAAUGUGUAACUACCAGAUUGUCAUGGUAGCAGUAUUAAUAUACAUAUCUGUAUAUAGACAAAAAAUACCCAGUGAUGACCAUUAGAAUCAAAAGGUUUAAUAUUUUUUCCCAGUCAAAUACACUAAUGCUUCCAAGGUUACAGAAGAGUGUACAGUUGUUAAACAAGUUGUAAAUAAAGGCUUAUAUAAAAC